AUGCUCGUGGGUCAAUACAUCGUCCAGCGCUUGGCACAGCUUGGUGUCAAGCAUGUAUUUGGACUUCCUGGCGAUUAUAACAUGCAGUUCCUUGAUAUGAUUGAGGACGAAAACAAGCUCAAGUGGGUGGGCUGUGCCAAUGAGCUGAACGCGUCCUAUGCUGUCGACGGAUAUGCUCGUUCAACGGGUCUUCCAGGUGCUCUUGUCACAACGUUUGGCGUGGGUGAAUUGUCGGCAUUGAAUGGCAUCGCAGGUGCUUACACCGAAAAGCUGCCGGUGAUUCACAUCGUUGGUAUGCCGACUUCAUCCUCCCAAGCCCACCAUGUGUGGAUGCACCACACUCUCGGUGGCAACAAGUAUAAAGCAUAUUUCGAGAUGUCGCAAAAUAUUACUUGCGACAGUGAUAUUAUCGGAUGGACUCAGCGUGACCUCGAUAACGCUCCGUAUGUUAUCGACCGUUUGUUGGUGUCGAUGCUAAGGGAGAAGUUACCUGUGUACCUGGGUGUCCCUCUUGAUGUAUUCGAGAUGGAAGUGUCAGACGCGAACCUAAGCACGCCCAUUGAGGUGCAACGUCCUGAGGUCUCUGAUGAGAAGCGUGACUAUACCGUGCAAGAGAUUAUGCGCCAUGUCCAAGCGGCUUCGUGUCCUAUGGUUUUGAUUGACGGCUGUGUUUCCCGACAUGGUGUUACGAAGCUUGCGUAUGACUUUGUCAAGAGCACUGGCUUCCCAGUCGUCGUUGCACCCAUGGGCAAGAGUCUGUUCCCUGAAGAUGAUCCACAGUAUCUUGGUGAGUAUGCUGGUCAUGGAUCAUUCAAGGAACUUAUGGACGCCAUGGACAAGGUUGACUUGCUUAUCACGCUUGGCAGCUUUGACUCUGACAUGAAUACAGGCAAGUUCACCUAUAGGACUCCUAUGUGCCAUACGAUUGCCAUCCACAGCCGAUGCUGCGUUGUCGGCUAUGGCGAAUUUUCAGGCAUUGGUUUCGAAGAUGUGCUUCCUGCGCUGUCUGAGCAACUCAAGGGCGAGCGUGACCAACGUUUGAGCCUAACCAAAGAGCUCAAGUCGUCCGUUGAGCACCGAGUCGAGUUGCCAGAUGCGACGUUCGUGUCGCAAGACUACCUAUGGACGCGAUUGAGCUCGUUCCUCCGUCCUGAUGACCACAUCGUAGCUGACAUGGGCACCUCCUGUUUCGGCUCGGUUCACACGACUCUACCAGAAGGCGCCCACUAUUAUCAGCAGAUUCUUUAUGGUUCGAUUGGUUGGAGUGUAGGUUCUACUCUUGGUGUCUUGUGUGGUGCUGAAGCCAAGGGCAAGGGUCGAGUGAUCUUGUUUGUGGGAGAUGGCAGUUUGAUGUUGACCAUGCAAGAGAUCUCAACAAUGAUGAAGUAUGGACUCAAGCCUAUCAUUUUCGUGUUGAACAAUGAUGGUUACGAGGUGGAACGCAAGAUUCAUGGCCCAAAUCGCUCGUACAACAACAUUCCGCCUCUGGACUACAGCCUUCUCCUUGAUUACAUGUACUGCUCGAAGGAUGUGCGUGCGCCAAUGAAGGCAGUUGAGUCAAAAGAAGUGCGCGAUGAGGCGCAGCAUAGUCACAGGAAUGACUUGGAGUCUUUCAAGAAGUAUUACCACAAGGUCGAAACGCGCAAGGACCUUGACGCCCUCUUUAACGACAGUUCGUUCCAGAAUGUUGAUGGUAUCCACCUUGUGGAGCUCUUCCUGCGUCGUGGCGAUGCUCCCGACAUGCUUGUCAAGUUCACACAUGAGAAGCUUCCAUGA